AUGACUUUUUCCUCGUCGCCGCUGCAGCGCCGCGUGGACGCCGCAUUGCAGCACCGACUGCUAUUGAUUGAACGAAAGCAGCAGACUGCAGGGGACGGACUUGAUGAGGUGACACCCCCCCAGUUCCCUGGCUCACUGUUGCGUCGUUACGAAUUGCCUGCGGCGAGCAUCAACAGAAACACCGAAUCGGAAACUACACAAGAAAUAACGGAUGGGGAGGACGAGAUCCAGCAUCUUAUCCGCGACGCAUUUUCUCUUGCUGCAAGCCAUUCCUCACACGACGGCAGAGUUGUCACUGCAUCUGAUGCAGCGGUUUCCGGCGUCUUACCUGGUUUAUUAGUUACUGAAAACGCGUAUUUACGUGCCAUGCGCACCGCCUAUCGCUUGUAUGGGCAAGAAGCGAAUGAUCCUUUGGCGGAUGUCGUCGCUUCACCUGUGCACUUUUUAACCCCCGGUGGGUGCCGCCUUGACACAGACGAAUCCUUUGCUAGUGUGAAAUCGUCCCCACCUUGA